AUGCAGGCGGGCUGGCUUUUCUCCAGUCUCAAUUUGCUUUCGCUUACGCUUAGUGCAAUAUUAUUUCGCAUGCUGUAUAAUCACUUUGCAAGGCCACUCUACAAAUACCCAGGUCCUUUUAUCGCGUCUUGUACCAGGUUCUGGUUAGUCUAUAUUGCGUGGACCGGCCAUGUGGAACAAUAUUACUUGGAAGUGCAUCGUAAAUAUGGACCAGUCGUAAGAAUCGGCCCCAACGAACUUUCUUUCGCAUCCCCCGAUGCUGGUCUUGAUAUUUUUCGACCCGGACGAGGAUUCAACAAAACCGAUUUCUAUCCCGUCUUCCUUCCGGAUGGGAUUAAGGAUAUUUUCACGGAAAUCAGAGAGAAGGUGCAUGCCAAGAAGAAAAGACAUGCUAGCCCACCUUAUAGUCUCGCAUCGGUGAAGCUACAAACCAAGCAGAUUGAAAGGCUUAUGUUAGAUCUGAUUUCAAUCAUGGAUUCUGUUGCAACUAAAAGUCAAACAGAGACUUUUGAUCUCGGCAGUUGGCUGCACUUCAUGGCAUUCGAUGUACUUGCACAAUUUGCCUUUGACCGACCGUUUGGAUUCCUGAAGCAAGGGAAAGACAUCGAUAAUUUCAUCUUAUCCAUCAGCCAGUCUACAUACGAGAGUUCUUAUCUGGCUCAAAUACCAACACUGGAACGACUCACGCGAUCCAAUCCGAUCUGGAAAUAUGUCCCCUUCUUGCCAAAAAACAAACUCAGAAUGAUGCCCGAAACUGCGGAGAUAGUCCUCAAGGAGUUCCUAGAUCCAGAGAAUGAAAAGUCCAAAACAGCCGUCUGUCUGCUGAAGUCUCUCUUAGAUGCGCAUUUCAACAAUCCAGGAACCUUCGGGAUGGAGGAUGUGAUGGCGAUUUCCAUGGGCGCUAUCGCGGCUGGUUCGGAUACUACCGCAUCAACAAUGCAUAGUUUCUGCUGGCACAUCCUUGCAAACCCCCAGAUCCACAGGAAACUGGUAGCAGAACUACUCGAUGCACCACUAUCUACCGUUAUCCAGUACGAGGAGGCGAUAGUGCUUCCCUAUUUCCAGGCUUGUCUUCAAGAAACAAUGCGGUUGCAGCCUGCACUUUCUCAUAAUAUGCCACGUGUCGUGCCAGAUGGGGGUGCCACGGUGAACGGGACAUUCCUGUCUGGAGGCACCAGAGUUGCGGUUAGUGCCUGGGUGAUGCACCGUGAUAAGACAGUGUUCGGAUCUGACAGCAACUCCUUCAACCCCGAAAGAUGGCUCGAUGCUGAUGUUGACCGGGUGAAGAGGAUGGAAAGAUGCAUGUUUCAGUUUGGGGGAGGAUCUCAUAUCUGCAUUGGAAGAUAUUUAGCUCUUUUCGAGUUGAACAAGGCUUUACCGCAAAUGUUCCGUCGAUAUGAGAUGAAGUUGGUGAAUCCAGAAAAGCCUUUGGAAUGCUUUACUGGUAUGUUUUAUCAGCAGAAAGGUCUUCAUGUAACCAUGAAGUUGCGAGAGACGCAAUGA